CCUGCUCGCUGUCAGCGCGUCUGAUGCGCAACGAAGUUGAAAGGCACUUUAACUCGGAUUAAAUUCAUGCUUUUGCGGACUUUUUUGAAGUUAGUUGGGAUUUAAGACCCGAAUGCGCUCAUCUGAUGCCAACUCCAGCUCCUUGUUGAUUUUGACCUGGUGAAAGUGGCAUCACGAGAUGUGAUUGGUUUGUGAUGGCCCAGGUGUGCUGGAGUCACAUGAGACUCUUCUGACUGAACAGAGUUACAGAGUUCAUCAGUGACCCCGGAUCUGAUCUAGUUCAGUCCAUCAGCCUUAUAGAGCACCUUGAUUGCUUUGCACUGAGGACAUGAUCACACUGAAUGCAGAAAUAAAUUAAAAGACAUGGACGACUCCGGCGAGGCCUAUUUAUGCAUAAACGAUCCCAACGGCAACCGAUCCGCGCGCUGGUCCGAAGCCCACGCUCACCUGGAGCAGGAGAAGUUCAGGAGGAAGCUCAAGUAUUUCUUCAUGAACCCCUGCGACAAGUACAGAGCCCGCGGAAGAAAACCCUGGAAGCUGAUGCUGCAGAUCGUCAAAAUCGCCGUGGUCACCGUACAGCUGGUGUCGUUCGGUCUCAGCAAUCAGAUGGUGGUUCAGUUUAAGGAGGAGAACCUGACGGCGUUCAGGCACCUGUUCCUGAAGAGCUUCACCGACGGCGGCGCCAGCGCGUUGGCCGUUUACACGCAGCGUGACGUUUACACGCACAUCACCUACACCGUCAGGCAGUUCCUGACGCUGCCUAGAAUAACGGUGGGCAACCAUCAGUAUCAGAAGGAAGGUGGCGCUUACACCCCGCUCACCGUCUGCCAGCAGUUCUACCGCAACGGCAGCGUCUCGCCGGCCAACGAGACCUUUGACAUCGACGCUCAGGUGGAUGAAGAGUGCUUGCAGGUUUACCCAGAACCUCCCUUCUCAACCGUGACCUCCGACCCGCUGAACCUCACUCUGCACUUUGAGAGGUUAUUGGCGGUGACUGUGAAUUUCACCUUGAAAGCCAUAAACCUGGAGACGGUUGAGUAUCACGAGCUUCCAGACUGUUACGUCUUCGACAUUAUGAUCACCUUUGACAACAAGGCCCACAGCGGCAGAAUCGCGAUCAACCUGGACAAUGACGUGCACUUCUAUGAGUGCCGAGAUUGGAGCGUGACUGGAGCAUCCCCGAGGAGCAUGUACAUGCUGGUUCUGUUUGACGUGACGGUCAUCCUGAUUCUCCUGCUGUCGCUGCUGCUCUGCACACGCUCGGUCAAAGCUGGAGUUCAGCUGCAGUUUGAAUAUACGGAGUUCUUCUCCGUUCAUUACGGCAAACGCGUGUGCGUCUCUGACCGCAUGGAGUUCAUUAACGGCUGGUACAUCCUCAUCAUCAUCAGUGACGUUCUGACCAUCACGGGCUCUCUGCUGAAGAUCAUCAUCCAGCUGAAGGCUGUGGCCAGUUACGAUCUCUGCAGCAUCCUGCUGGGCACCGGCACCAUGCUGGCCUGGAUCGGCGUCUUACGCUACAUGGGCUACUUCAGAAAAUACAACAUUCUCAUCAUCACUCUGCGAGCGGCGUUUCCCAACGUCAUCCGCUUCACCUGCUGCGCUGCCAUGAUUUACCUGGGAUACUGUUUCUGUGGCUGGAUCGUCCUGGGACCCUACCACACCAAGUUCCGGACACUGAACGUUGUUUCCGAGAGUCUGUUUUCCCUCAUCAACGGAGACGACAUGUUCGCCACCUUCAAGAACAUGCAGCAGAAGAGCGAGGUGGUGUGGCUCUUCAGCCGCCUGUAUCUCUACACCUUUGUGUCUCUCUUCAUCUACAUGGUGCUCAGUCUGUUCAUCACGCUCAUCACCGACACGUACGACACCAUCAAGCAUCAGCAGCUGGACGGCGAGCCGGCGUCGGACCUGCAGACGUUCAUCAUGCAGUGUGAAGAUCUUCCAGAUUCGGGCUGCUUCAGCGUGGAAGAGAGCUCCGGUGGAUGUGGGAUGAACUGCUGCUCUCGCAGGACACACAGCUCUGAGGAGGACACGGACUGAUCUGGACACUCAAAGGACUCUUGUGUGCUUGUGAUGAGUGGCAUAUAUGUAUGUUUGGAUUGAAAGCGAGAAUACGUGUAUGUUUGGAGAUGAAGUUUAUUACCAAAGAGAAGCACAGCAGAGUAUGUUAAAUGCCUGGAUGCUGGUAAAGGCAUUUAGUAAAGGUAUUAUUGUUCACAUGCAGUUAUAAGCAGAAGUUGAAGUAGUGCGCAAAAGCCAUGGUUGUUUAACGGAGGAGACUUGUUUAUUUCUGACUGAAUUCACAUUUCACUUUGUAACGUCCAGCUGUUUGUAUGAAUUGAUGUAUUUGAAGCUGGUCUUGCUCUAAUCAGUGUAUUAUAGAAAUGUUGUUGGUUGUGUGUCUUUAGAUAAAAGUACAUGUUGUUUGAUAAGUCGUGUUUUAUUGUUGAGCUCCGAAAAAUAAACUGUACAGCAAGUAGUUUAUUCUA